AUGGUUAUUUCAAUCUCGUUAGACACAGUGACGCGCAAAAACCGCGGCAUCGCGAUGCGCGACAUUCGUGCGGCGCAUACGACGGAUACGACGUGCGCGCAUUUUCUAAUGAAUUUAGAUCAAAAGAAAAAAUCCCGCAAUGUUCCAACCGGCGCUGCAGAGUUUUUUACGAGAAAUAAUCGUAUUAAUGUGUGCGUUCAGAAACAGCAAUCAUUUUCUGGAUCAGCUUUUUUAUCAUACGACAGUGCAAUUUCGAUGUAUCAUUUCCACUUAUCGAUU